AUGUCGAAAUCACGAAGUGACCCAACAAGAUUGGGACGUAAGUUGGCAGCGGCGGCAGUGGCAACGACGUCGACGGCACCGACGCUGCCGUUGACGCCGACGCCAACGCCGCCGACNAAGAAGGAACCAAAAAAAAUUACAAGNACAACGGCGACGUCACCGCUAGCGGUGACUGAAAGAACGGCGGCAUCGUCGUCGUCGUCGUCGUCGCCGUCGCCAACGCCGACAACCAUUACGAAUCAGAAGAUCGUUACAAGGACAACGGCGACGUCACCGCUAGCGGUGACUGNAAGAGCGGCGGCGNAGAAGACAAUCGCGUUGACAUCGGCGUCGGCGUCGUCGUCGUCGCCAACGCCGACGCCGCCGGAGAUAACAGAAGUUUACAGAAUCCAAGCGACGAAGACUACGGCGACGUUACCGCUAACAGCGGAAGGCAGAGCGCAAAAGUCACCAUCAGUUAAAACAAAAAAGACGGGGCCAAGAUCGUGGUCAACUAAAGGAAAAUGGAAAACAAUUUCACUUAAUAAGCGAAUUAAUAAUGCGGUGCGCGAGGCGGUCGGUCGCGAAAAAUUAAAUAAACAAAUAGGAGAAGCAGUCACUAAGGCGUUGACUUCAUCAUCAAGAACGGCGAUGUCCAUACCGACCAUUCCGCCGCCAUACAUGUUUGCUCCUUCAGAAUAUACAUCAGCAUCGCCUGCACAACAAAGUUACGUCGUGCCCGUGCCGCCUGCACAACCAGGUUACGUGCCCAUGCCGCCUGCACCACCAGGUUACGUGCCCAUGCCGCCUGCACUACCAGGUUACGUGCCCAUCCCGUCUGCACCACCAGGUUACGUUCCCAUGCCGCCUGCACCACCAGGUUACGUUCCCGCGCCGCCUGCAUCAUCGGGAUAUAUGCCGUCUGCACUUCCCGGGUAUGUUUUGCCUUAUCCUGGAAGAACAAAUUUUUUUUAAAAAAAAACCACUUGGUUUUAUGAGUUCUUGAAAAUCCAUUUUAUUAUAAAAAGUUUA